ACCAAACCUGCAUUUAGCAGUGCCGAUUUUAGGUCUAUGAGUGCAACUCGGUGACCGUCUUGCUAUAUACGUAGACUUGGCAAAAAUUUGACUUUCUUUUGUUGAACUUGUGCAAUGGACGAGGAGCACGCUUUAAAACAUUUAAUAAAACUUACCCAGGAUGGUAAAUUGUGCGCUCUCGAAAAAGAACUUGGCGUCAACAGCAAAAUUGCACGUAUUGUCAACAAGAAACAUUUUGGGAGAUCGGGUGAUACGUUGUUGCAUUAUGCUGCCCGCCACGGCCACUUGGCCGUUUUAAAGUUUUUAAUAAAGGACAUAGGGAUGGAUAUUGAACUGUAUAAUAACGACUACAAGAGAGGUCUGCAUGAAGCUGCUUCAAUGGGACAUAAGGAAUGUGUCAGUUUUUUGAUCAAGGAGUGUGCAAAAGUAGACUGCUUGAAAAAGGCUGAUUGGACUCCUCUAAUGAUGGCCUGCACACACCAGAACCUGGGAAUCAUUCAGGAGUUGCUCUCCCAUGGAGCAGACCCCACACUUAAGAACAAGGAUGGGUGGAACUCCUUCCAUAUAGCCUGCAGAGAGGGAGAUCCCAUAGUCAUACAACAUCUACUUCUAGUAAGCCCUGAAGUCUGGAGGACAGAGAGCAAGAUCCUGAGGACUCCCUUGCACACUGCAGCUAUGCACGGCUGUGAAGAGGUUGUCGGCAUCUUGUUACAGAGGUGUGGGUAUAACCCAGACACUCGGGACAGCUGUGGAGUCACCCCCUUCAUGGAUGCAGUGAGGAAUGGACACAUAUCUGUAGCCAAACUACUGCUGAAAGAGCACAAGUCCUCCCCCAUGGCCACAGAUAUCCUUGGGGCUCAGUCAGUGCACCAAGUUGCUGUCACUGCCCAGGAGGAGGCGCUGGUGUUCCUAGUGAAGGACCUCGGCGUGGACGUGAACCAGACUGCCACUGACAUGCAACUCACUGCUCUGCAUUAUGCGUCCAAGGAAGGUCACACAAGCACUAUAAAAACCCUUCUAACAUUAGGUGCAGACCUUCAUGUGAGGGACAAGAAGGGAAGAACCGCUCUUCACAUGGCGUGUAUUGGACAGCAUGCAGACACAGUCAGGACUCUACUCCAGCUGGGACUUGCAGACACAGAGGAUAUAUCAGGCACCAUGGCUAAAGAGCAUGCCAAGAAGAUAGAAGUGCUCAAUGUUUUUGAGUGUAAAUGAAGCUAACAAAUCAAAAUGAAGACAUUGACGUAGAAAUACAUGUGAUAGUUAUGAAUAAAUGUUAUAAUAAAUAAACAAAUAUUUAUUGAACAAACAUA